AUGCCGCCUAAAUCAAGGAGAAAUCGACGUGUGUCGACGCCGACGCGAGAUGACCUCGAGCCCGCUCGAGAAGGUUCUUUCACGAGAGAUGACGUCGCGACGCUUGUGGAUUCGUUGCAACGGUCGCAAACCAACGCCUUCAGGGAACUGCUGGAAAGCGUCAUCACAACCUCUAGGCACCCGUCGUCGUCUACUACAUCGACACCGUUUCCUGUAGAAGGAGGAAAUUUCUCUCGCUGCAAAGCUCGAUUCGCUGGAAAUGCGGAAGAGUCCAUCGAAGGUUUUAUUGACGCCAUUGAGGCCUACAAAGAUUGUGCCAACAUCUCGGACGAUAACGCCAUUCGUGGGUUAUCAAUGCUACUAACGCAUUCAGCCGCAGAUUGGUGGCAGGGCAUAAAACCGGAGACAACUUCAUGGACCGAAGUAGUUGACAGCUUGCGCCAUACCUACGGCGACAAUCGAGCUCCACCGCGCAUUUACCGUGACUUAUUCGCUACACCACAAGGCGAAGAAAAUACUCAUGUUUUCGUCGCAAAGUGUAGAGCCCUGUUGGCAAAAUUGCCGCGUAGCGAGUUGGCCGAGAAGGUACAAUUGGAUAUGGUGUACGGACUGUUAAACAAACGUAUACGCAAACGUGUUAAGAGGGAAGAGUGCGCAACGUUUAAGAUAUUAUUACAAAAGGCGCGCGCCGUCGAAGAAUCGUUGAACGAGAGUACGAACGAUACAAAGGCCGCCGCCGCUUCCAAGAACGUGAGCUACGCCUCGCCGAGUCGUCCCGUCGCCGUGUCAAAGCCGCCGCGCGCUACCGCGAGCGCGAGCGCCGCGCCGCCGUCCCGCGAGCCCCGCGCGCCUCCGCCGCGUCGUUUAGAUGAUAACAGUGAUAACAAUACAGCGUCCGCGUCCGCCGCGAAAUCUAAGUCGUAUAGUAAGAAGUGCGGGUAUUGUAAACGUUACGGCCACGUAAAAGAAGAAUGUAGAAAACUAAAUAAAGACACUAGUGGUACGUCUAACGAUAAUAAUAAUAACACAUCAGAUGUUAAUGUCUUACGUUGUUAUGGUUGUGGUCAAGUAGGUGUUAUACGCGCAAAUUGCGAAAAAUGUAAUGCUACUUUCUGUACUGUCAACUGCAGCAUGGAUUCGUCCAAUCCAGGGUUAAAGGACACUGGUAAGCAGACUAAGAAGCUCUCCCCGGUGAGUAGUACUCUUAACUCUAUACCUAAGGUUCAAAAUAAUAAGCUUGACGAGAUCUUUUUGUCUCCCACUGAUUUUCGACAUGCACUUCCUGCAAAUUUCUUUGGUGACGGUUUAGUAGCAAAGCCGGUGUUGCCCCGCGCCGCCGACAGCUCCCAGGAUGACCCUGUAGUCGUUCAACAAUCGUGCACACUUUUUGCAAAGUCCAUUAUUGAUAACAGUGAUAAGCAAGUAAAUUGUCCCCUUAGUAAGGAAAUGUCAUUUUGCACCGUGUCAAAUAAUAUUAGUAACAUCCCUGUGCUGCCAGAUCAGGUCAAUGACGCCAAAUCUAGGUUGACUACAGCUGUUUUAGGAUCAGCUGAUAACAGUAAUAAGAAUGGUCACAAUGUAACAAAAUACAGUAAGUCAUCUUCGGGUCACAGUAUAGAUAAUUCCAGUAACUCAACCACGCCUUGUGAGGGAAUUUUAUUUUCAGCUGUGGACUUUUCAGGGACAAACCAGAAGGAUGAGGACUCCAAGGAGCCUACACCUGGAGCCCUAAUGGACCAGAAUGACUCUGAGGAACCCGUGUUGGAUUUAUUUGACACAUAUGAGGAAUACACAAAAAGGCAUCAGCGGCCAAUUUUAGGGAUUGGAAUCCUGGACAUGCAAGGUAUUGCCUUAGUGGAUACAGGCGCAAAGAGAAGCUUGGCAAGUCGAAAGCUCUACUCACUGUUACUUGAGAGACAGCAACAGUUCUGCGAGAAGCAAAUGAGAGUGACAUUAGCCGAUGGUGUAACUCAACUUAGAAAUGUGCUCAAAAUUACCUUAGAUGUCAAAGUGAAGGAUAGAGUGAUACCUCAAGAGUUCCUGAUCUUACCUGAAGCUGAAGAAAAUGAAACUUUACUGGGAAUCGAUUUUCUAAAAGCAUCUAGGCUCGACCUGGACUUUGAUAACCAUACUUGGUGUUUCCCAGGUGGUGAGAAAUAUCCCAUACAGUAUGAAUCUGACAUGCCAACGCAAUUGUCAAUUGCUGCAAGCAAUAUACUUCAUGCUGAAGAAGGAUCAAUGCUCAGCGAAGGUGAAAAGAUGAAAUUAGCCGAAGUGUUAGAGAGGAAUAGUGCAGUCUUCAGUCUAGGGGGAGCGCCCACUCCAAUUGUUGAACAUCAUAUAGACACAGGAGACCAUGCACCUAUAUCUGUGCCUCCAUACCGGCUCACACCUGCAAAGAAAGAAAUAAUGAAAGCGGAGAUUGAGAAGAUGCUCCGGGAAGGGAUAAUAGAGGAAUGUGAAUCUGCAUGGACCUCACCAGCAGUUCUUGUCCCUAAGAAGAAUAAUACUGUCAGAUUCUGUGCUGAUUAUAGAAAGCUGAAUAGCGUCACAAAGACAGAUAACUAUCCCUUACCCUUAAUUGAUGAGCUGCUGCAGUCGACCGGAAGACAUUGCUACAUAAGUACCAUAGACCUGAGAUCCGGAUACUGGCAAGUAAGUGUGAAUCCAGCUGAUCGGGAUAAGACUUCAGUGAUCACACCAUUCGGUACCUACCGUUUCGUACGAAUGCCAUUCGGUUUGAAGAAUGCACCUGCAACCUUCCAGCGGUUGAUGGAUAAGUUCAAAUCCGGUGCCAGCUUGCAAAAUACUACAGUUCUAGCUUACCUGGACGAUCUCCUGGUUAUAUCUGACAGUUUCGAGAAACACCUGCAAGACCUGCAACUUGUGUUCGACCGACUACGUCAGUUUGGCUUAAGAGCAAACCGAGAGAAAUGUGUUUUUGCCUGCAAAGAGGUCAAGUACCUUGGACACCUCAUUACCCCUGAUGGUAUUAAGCCAGAUAAUGGGAAAAUUGAAGCAAUAUUAGCCAUGAAGGAGCCAACUAAUCUCAAGCAUCUCCGGACAUUUCUCCAAACCUGCGCUUGGUUCAGAAAAUUUGUUCCAAAUUUCUCAGCGGUAGCUCAGCCGCUUACCAAGCUUACAAAGAAAAAUGAACCAUGGAAAUGGCAAGACGAGCAACAACAGGCUUUUACGGAGCUCAAGACCAGAUUAACUUCUGCUCCGAUCCUGGUGCAAGCGGAUUACAGCAAACAAUUUAUUCUACGGACUGACUCGAGUAACUAUGCUCUUGGAGCUUGUCUUAUGCAAGGCGAAGGACAUGAUGAGCGUCCCAUUGAGUAUGCCAGCAGGCUGCUCACUCCAGCAGAACGCCGUUACAGCACAACUGAGAGGGAGUGUUUGGCUGUGAUCUGGGCGGUUGAGAAGUACCGGCCCUAUAUUGAUGGUCAUACAGUUUUAGUGAAGACGGAUCAUCAGCCGUUGAAAUGGCUGUUGACUCACAAGUCACCAAGUGGUCGCCUUAUCCGGUGGGCACUUAAACUGCAAGGUUUUGACAUCAAAUAUGAAUACACACCUGGAAAGGCCAAUGUCAUAGCAGACACAUUGAGUCGACCUGUCUGCGAUGAAAACUCCAAAGAAGAAUGUGGAGUCUGCUCUAUUAGCAUUGAUAUUCCACAAGUUAACCCGACGGAACUACCCAGAAGUCGCCAAGAUUAUUCAAGACCUGGAAGACUCUGA